AGAAAUUUUCUAAAAAUCGAACAAAUUACAAGUUUUUAGACAAAAAUUAAAAUCGAAUUUAAGCACUAAAUCGGGAAAGUAUCAACGCCGCAGUCUUCCCGGUGCACAGCAUGAAGCUGCUUUCAGUUCCUCCCCAUACUUUCCUCACCAAUUCAUCACCAAAAAUUAGGGUUAGGGUUUCACAAUCACCUCUAAUUUCUCAUCAAAAUCUCACCUUUUCUCCAAUUCAAAACCCUAAAACACGCACUCGCAUCUGCUCUAUGCCCCAGAACAAUGGUCCCUCUUCAUUUCAAUUACAGACAGAUGUGGUGCGAAUUGGGGAGGUUAAAAGAGUUACCAAAGAGACGAAUGUAGCUGUUAAGAUUAAUUUGGAUGGUUCGGGAAUUGCGGAUAGUAGUACUGGGAUUCCGUUUCUUGAUCAUAUGCUUGAUCAACUUGCUUCACAUGGCCUAUUUGACGUCCAUGUAAAGGCAACUGGUGAUAUACACAUUGACGAUCAUCAUACAAAUGAAGACGUCGCCCUCGCAAUUGGCACGGCCUUGUUGAAUGCACUUGGUGAUAGAAAAGGAAUCAACCGGUUUGGUGACUUUUCAGCUCCACUAGAUGAAGCCUUGGUACAUGUUUCACUGGACCUAUCUGGAAGGCCACAUUUAGGCUACGAUUUAAGCAUACCCACUGCAAGAGUUGGAACAUAUGAUACCCAGCUGGUGGAGCACUUUUUCCAGUCUUUGGUCAAUACAUCUGGGAUGACGCUACACAUUAGACAGCUAGCUGGGAAUAACUCUCACCAUAUAAUCGAGGCAACCUUUAAGGCAUUUGCGAGAGCUCUUCGCCAAGCAACUGAAUCUGAUCCACGUCGUCACGGUACUGUUCCAAGCUCCAAAGGUGUUCUGUCACGUGCUUGAUACUUAAAACAUAGCAUUAGGAAGUUUGAAUUGUGGCAAAUUGGAGAAGUCUGUUAUAGUAACAUUAUAUUGUGAAAUGGUUCACCUCAUGUUGUAAAGGAAGACAAUUUCGUGCUUAUUAAGCUUUGGUGAUCUGAUGAGUAAGCCGCCUUGAAGGAUCCAAUCAUGUGGAGUUAUGCGUUUUGACAAAAUACUGGAAUAUUAAAUAAUGUUUCAGCGUUUCCAUUUUCUUUGGAGCCAUUGAAGUAUCAAGUAUGAGUGUAUUCAGCAAUCUCGAGCCAAAAUGUGAUCGACCUACCUCACAUGUUGCAGCCAAAUAAAUAUGUUAGUUGAACUAAUAGUUAUCACAAAUACAUGAAUACUUUUGAAUUCAAUUUAGUACCCUUAAUUUUUCUGAGGUUUAUAUUAAUUAUCUUUCCGUAAUUUAGUACACUCGGUAUUCUCUGUCUAAAACUAGAAUCUUGACACCUGUAUCUUUAUUUCCCAUUGUUGAAGGUUUAGAUCUGUGAACAACUUAUAUAUUGAAGUCUGCUUUGAUACUGUA